AUGACGGGGAUGCUACCUGCAUCAACGGUACCAGAUGUGCUGGCAAAUAAUGAACUGACAGAGGGUAGUCUUUCUCAGACAACAACAUCUCCCACAUCGUCCGAUGGGACACCACCACCACCAUCAUACGCAUCCCACAUCUUCCAUGACAUCCAAACUUCGGCACCAGUAAGGUUCAUAGAGUCUUUGAUGGACUCGGAGCUUUUAGGAGACAAUGAAAUGGAACAAAUUGAGCAUUUCAAGUACAAACAAGAUCUUGAACGAAAAUUGACAGUCACGUCGGUUAUUGGGUUGGGAUUUUCAGUCAUGGGAGUUCCGUUUGGACUUUCUUCGACGCUAUGGAUUUCAUUAAUGGAUGGAGCAAAUGUGACAGUCUUGUAUGGAUGGAUUGUUGUCUGUCUAAUGUCACUAUUUGUAGUUCUAAGUUUGAGUGAGAUUAUAUCAAAGUAUCCCACUGCAGGAGGAGUUUAUCAUUUCAGUGCGCUUUUAAGUAAUGAAAGGUAUUCACUUAUCAGUUCGUGGAUUACAGGGUGGUUGCUACUUAUAGGAAACUGGACUUAUGCUAUCAGUAUAAUGUUUUCAGGCUCUCAGUUUAUUUUGUCGAUAUUUGGUUUAAAGGACUUUGUAUACAAAGAGGACAAGUUUUUGGUUCUAGGGGUGUUUUUCAUAAUCUUGGCAUUUGUUGGAUUUAUAAAUUUCAAGUUCUCCAAGCAUUUGGAAAAGAUCAACAAGGCUUGCAUAUUAUGGACAAUCUAUACCGUUUUGGCAAUCGAUAUACUACUUAUUUUUUACGCCAAGAGGACACAUUCGAUAAAACAAAUAUUGACAACGUUUGAUAAUUCACGUUCAGGGUGGCCAGACCCACUCGCAUUCAUUGUGGGGCUACAGAGCUCGUCGUUUACCUUGACUGGGUACGGAAUGCUAUUUUCAAUUACUGAUGAGGUGAAGAAUCCAGAAAGAAACAUGCCCAAGGGUGUGAUUAGUGCCAUAUUGAUGGCUUCUCUAACCGGAAUCAUUUUCAUCAUUCCCAUAUUGACAAUAUUACCCGAGCUAGAACUUUUAUUGGAUGGGGACACCAACAUUAUGCCCAUUGAAAUCAUCUUUAAACUUUCGACUGAAUCAUACAUUAUAAGUUUCCUUAUGGCGUGUUUAAUGAUUGGAACCGUAAUUUUCCAAAGUAUAGGCUCCCUCACAACAGCAUCUAGAAGCACUUUUGCGUUAGCUCGUGAUGGAGGCCUUCCCAUGGCACAUUUAUGGACAGAAGUCAACUCGGUUGAAGAGUAUAUCAUUCCAAGAAAUGCAUUAUUUUUGUCAAUGAUUGUGUGCGCAGUGUUGUCGCUAUUGUCAUUGAUAUCAAAGUCAGCAUUUAAUGCUUUUAUGGGCGCAGCAGUGGUGUCUUUAGCUGUUGCAAAUGGUAUACCAAUUUUCUUGCUCAUGUUGAACAAGAGACAGAAGAUAAAAGGAGCAGCUUUCAGGUUGAGGAUUUUCGGCUGGCUCGUCAAUGGAAUAUCAGUGUUUUGGAUUAUUUUAUCCGUCUUUAUCCUUUGCGUGCCUCCAGUAAUCAAAAAUUUGACAUGGCGUAAAAUGAAUUAUGCCAGUGUUGUAUUGGUGCUCUUUUUGGGCUUUGCUACGUUGGGCUAUGUUACCUGGGGCUCGAAGACUUUUACUGGACCUGAAAUUGAGAAUGAUUAUUUUGAAUUAAACAAUUUAGAAGCCAACGGAAGGAAAAACUUGGACAACUUUAUCGUAGGAGACGAAGAUGAGGAGGGUGAAGAUGAAAAUGAUGACGCCAUCAUUCAUGACGACGUUCUGAAAGAGUUUGAAAAUGACUUUACACCUCCUGCUCCUGUACAUCGGAAAAAGAAAUAUCAUCUUCUAGAAGGAAAUUCCAACUCAGCAGGUCGAGUUAGUAACAAUUUACCAAAGACGGUGACAACAUACGAUUCUAAUGAGGAUCUGAAUGAUGUUUCUACUGAAAGUGAGAAUGAAGUUUUAUUUAAAGCUGAGAAUGGGUCACAUGAGCAGAUAGGUAAGUGA